GCCCGGGUCCAAGGAAACCCUUGGAUUCGUGGUGGUGUCUUCCCACCAAGGUCGAGCAUUCCUUUGUGGUCUUCCACCCUCCAACAAGAAGUGGAAAGACAAAUAUGUCUGCGUCAAAUUCCCCCCGGGUGCCUUUCCUUUUGCCCAAAACGUCUGGGGGAAAAGAAUGAAGCGCCAGGUCAAACCAGCGGAGGCCGAUGACCUGGUUGCUUGGGAAGCCACUCUCCGGGCCGGGGAUGCCUCCACCCGCGGUCUGUACCAUGUUGGGAAGUGGAGCGUCUACCCCGGCCGGGAGACCGACCCCGAACCGGAGAUUGUUCUGCCCGGGGUGAUCCCCGAAGCCAUCCCCAUCCGUCAGGCGAGGGGAUCCAAAGCCCCGGCCACUACCAAUGCCGGUCCUUCAUGCCCGGCGAAGAAGAAGAAGGAGGAAGUGGUGAAGUUUCAAUCCAAGUUUGCCGUCCCCCAAAUCGUGGUUGAGGAGCCCUCCUCCGCUCAGCCACUCACUCCUCCAUCCAGCCAACCACUCUUGAUGGAUGAUCUGCCGGCCCAGUCUCACCAAGGGACCAGCCAGCCGAUUCACUCGGGGGAGAUCUACUUCAACGUAGACACCUUCGAGUUCGACAAUCUGAUGGGUGAGACUGGGCAUACGUCCCAGGCGGGGGUCGGCCGGAUCGGGGAGGAGUACUUCGCCCGGCUGGUGAAGUCGAUGGAUGAGGAGAAGGCCCGGAUGGAGGCCAUGAUGGUCGAAUGCUGGAAGGAAGCCCAGGCUGCCCGGGCCAAGGCAGAGAAGAUAGAGGCCAAAUGGACAGAGCACUGUGCGGUUUACCGCCAGCUCUAUGCCAAGCACGAUGGUCUCCUCAAGGCUGCGAAAGAGGCCGAUGAGCAGGCCCAGGCCAAGAUCAAUCAGCUGGAGGCCGAAAAUGCCCAGUCAGCCGAGGAAAUCGCUCGGCUGGAAGAUGAGCUGCAGAAAGAGCAAUCGGAGCGUGCCGCCCUUGCUGCUGCCUGGGCCACUCAAACGCCUGAGGAGUUUGCUGCUAAGGCGUUGCCUGACCGGGAGACUGCCAUCCGCUUCUUCCAAGGCUUGUACAAGUACGAGGUCUCGGCCGGGAUCGUCGACGAAAUCGGAACGUAUGGCUUUGAAAGCGGCCAGUACUCGGAGCGGAAGGCCCUCUAUGGCAUCCUUCAGCAGAUGAUCCAAAGUUUUCAGCCAAAGGCUCUUUCUCUGCCCGAGCUGCACUCCGAGGCGCCUGAACCUCCCUUCCCGGGCAUCUGAUCCGUCCGGCCUUCCUUCCUCAUCUGAUUUUCUCUCUUUUU